AUGGAUUGCUCAUUUCUGUUCGGUUCCCAGAGUAUCACUAGGCUCAUAUGCGCAGCUAUAGCUUACAUAGGCUUCAGCAGAUUUGAAAAGGCCGAGUGUGUCGGGGUUAAGGACGCCCCGGCGUCAGAAAUCCUCGUGUCACCGCAGAGCGUGCUGCCCAUGAACUCGUUGGUGUCUAACAUUGAAGUAACCAAGCAGAGAGCGCCAAUCAUUGAAGAAUGUCGCAUAGACGCUGAUUUAGCGUUCAAUCCUGCCACAGUUGGCGGUAAGGAGACCUUACAGCGCCUGCACGCCGAUGAAAUUGCGGCGAUCCAGGCUCCCAUGGAUCAGGGGGUCGUCCGCGAGCUAAACGAUCGCAAUGCUCUCGACUUCAUGCAGAUGGUCUUGAACGAGCACUUGCCUAGGAAGGAGUUUUGGCUAUGCUGGUUCCGCAGCCGUCUGCGUAGCAUCACAGAGACAUCGGAAACACCACCGACGCAUACGGUAGUCCCGCCUGGCGACAAGUUUAUUUCACCAACGGGACCUAGCACCGGGAAGAAUAUCCGCGGUGCACACGACAGCGACACACCAGAUACAAGCACAGGAGUUUGUCAGGACGCCAAGGCAAGCAGUGUUGCGGAAUCGUCCCUAGACGACAUCUCCAGAGCCCGUAGAAUCUGGCUGUUUGUUACGGGAUUAUAUGCAACCGCUAAAACGAUGGUGUUCCGUGAUAGUAAGGCAACAGACAUCCCUAGGCCGUCGCUACGAAGUCACCUCGCCACAUUUGGAAGGGCUGUUGCCGGGAAAGUUGGCAGGGGUGUUGUUAGUACCGUGUCUACUGUGAGCACAGUGCUCGGCUUCAACGACACACCCUUCAUAAACAUGAAGCACACAAUCAUGCAAUUGUUUUCCCCAGAAUUGAAGGUGAAGGAGGAGCCGGAAGAGCCUACACAUGCGGCCCUAGAGGAGGAAUGCUUCCUGGAAAAGAUGGCGCGACUCAACGCCUUCUACCACCAUGAUAUCGCCAAUAGACCUAUAUAUGCGGAUAGGUCGUCAUUUUACGGCCCUCUGCCCAAGGCGUUGAACGUUACCGAAGCACAGGCGCCGUUCGAAACCGCGCGUUGCCGGAACGCCGCACAUUAUGUCGUCGUGUCUAGCGGGCAUUAUGCGACAUUGUCGCUGUACACAUUGUUUGCCGUGAUGUUCCUCAUAUAG